AUGGAAUUGAAGAAUUUCUUCAAGGAUAACUUUAAAGUACUUGAGUUUGCUUGCGGGCCGGGGUUUGUUUCUUCUGCACUUGCGCCAUAUGCUUCUGAAAUUAUUAGGCUUGAUAUUGCUCAGAUGAUGGUAAAUGCCUAUAAUGAACCAGUCAAGAACCAGGGAAUUUACCCUAAGGAGGUUCAUGCCGAAUUAAUUGAAGAUGAAGGGGGUAAAGAAGAAUUAUUUGUGUCUUCAAGGGAUGAAUAUUUUGAUGCAGCUAUAUGUUCAGCAUCGUAUCAUCAUUUGCCGGACCCUGCUGAUACCACCCAGAAGAUAGUGAAAACUUUGAAACCAGGUGGUAAAUUAUUUGUAUUUGAUCGUGCAUCAUAUACCCCCAAAAGAAUUGAUGAGGAAAUGCGUAAUCUAGGAGUAUCUCAUACUGGGGGAUCUACUAAAGAUGAAAUUAUUACUAAAAUCUAG